UGCUAAUAUAUUCACACGCGUCCGUGUCAGUCAUUUGACUUAUGCAAGCGGCAAAUAGGAGAUGAAAGAAAGGCUCUGAGGUUGUUUUUACCGAGAGAGGAGACAGCACUGAUAUGGGUGAGGCUCAGUCGAGAUCAGUGAUGCUCCAUCAGGACCAACCUCAGAACUCGGCCUACCGAGGGCAGGGAGGCUCCAACAAUGGCUCCUCCUCGCUGCGAAACAGGAAGGGCGACAAAGACGGCAACUUCAACUUCCUGCCAGGCAAAGACAACGAUGGCUACACGGGCAAUGGAGGAGGAGACGAGAACCGAAACCAGGUCCGUCCCCGUAAUCUGGGUCCACUCGGUCGCGACCCUCCGAACUCUUCGUCAUCUUCGGGUUAUCACCACAACUCAGGGGUGCUGUCGCCUCGCUCCCGCCUGCCCUGCUGGAGCCCCCUCGAGCCACUGCCCGAAAUCGAAAGUGGGGAGGACGGUUACGGCCGUGUGCCCCCUGAUGGAGCGGAGGAGGGCAGGAUGCAGGAAGAGGAGAGAAGGGUGAUGAUGUGCCAGAACGAGGAGAAGCAGAGAGAGAAACGAGAGAAGCAGAAGAGGAAAAGCAGCUUGGGUUUCAGAGGAAAGGAGGAAGAUGAGGCGGCGCUGGAGGACGAUGACGAAUGGGGCGAUAGCGACUCUGAGUCUGAGUUCAGCUACCGUUCCGGCGGCAGCGUGUCCUCCCUCAACAUGGACAGUGGAGGCGAAGGCGUGCUGAUGGGAGGCUGGGACCGCAUCGGAGUUGGGGAACCGAAAUCCAACAACCACGAGAGCAACUCAACCAGUGACAGCAACAGAGAGCAGCCUGCCCGACUACGAAACUUCAACCGCAAGUCGCUGACAGGAAGGAACCUGGGAAAUGUUCUGGAGGAAGGAGCGGAUGACAACGACGAUCAGUCUUCAGACUCAGACGGCGAGAUACCCGAACUGAUGGAUGCAGUGUGGACACUGCGAGACCGCGAGCGCUUCAAGGCCCAGGAGAUGGAGAAGCACCAGGUGCAGCUGACCAUGUACCGCCGCCUGGCGCUGAUCCGCUGGGUUCGCACCCUGCAGGGCCGCAUCCAGGAGCAGCAGAACCGCCUGCAGACCAGCUUCGACAUCAUCCUCACACAGAGGAAGGAACUAUUGCGCAUGGGCGCCGCUGCUGCCGUAGCCAACGCCACACCCCCUGCCGCCGUCAGCCAGUCAUAAAGAGAGAGAGAAAGAUGGGAGGAACUGAAACAGGAAACGUUUUUGUUCUGUUUGCUUCAAUCCUAAAGGCAUUUCCCCUGAAAAAGACAAUCUAUAAUCAUCCUGACUCACAUUUUUAAGCCUCACACUCAUGUUGCUGAUUGUAAUGACACAAAAACGUAUGUUUUUGUUGAAUUUCUUUACUGGUUUCCCACCCAGAGCAUCAUAAAUGUAUCCGACUCAUCUUUAACUGGACUUCACCGCUGCAUCAAACCAAAUGUAUGAUUUCGGACAGUGGUUUCCAACUGGUCUGGUCGUGGGGUCCAGAUUUCCCCUUAGUUAUUAGUUCAAGGUCCACACAUUAUAAAUUACCACAUAUUUGAUUGUUUUCAGAAAAUGUAAACGACACAUUGGC